UCCAAUCACUUUAGUUAGCAAAUUUAAAUAAUGCAUUCUCUUCCUUUGAUUAACGCGUUGAUAUGCUUCAUUAACACGUGGUCAAUGAAUAAAAGUCGUGUUGACCCGCAAGUUCUGACUUCUAAAAUUUGUUAAUGAAUCUUUUAUGUUAAAGUAUCAACCUUAUACAAAAAAAUAUAAAUAAAAAAGAUCUUUUAUGAUACUGUUUGUCAUGGCUAUGCCAAUUCCCAAAAAUAUGGUGGUAGGAGCUUUGUGCAGUAUGCUUGUUAUAUCUUGGACUAGUUUCUGCAUUGCAAUUGUGUUUGAUGCAGCAUUUGAAUUAUCACCACUAGACUUAGAAGCACAAGCUCUGAUUGAAAGUGGGUGGUGGAGUGACUUCACUAACUAUGUUCCAAGUCAUUGCCAGUGGCCAGGCAUUGCAUGCAAUAGUGCUGGAAGCAUUACAAACAUUUCUUUGCCUGCUGAAACCCAAUUGGGAGACAAGUUCAGGAGAUUCAACUUCUCUUCAUUCCCAAACCUUGUCCACCUCAAUCUUGCUGCACAUGGGAUCACUGGAAGUAUCCCAAAUGAACUAGGUACUCUUUCCAAACUUGCUCAUCUUGACCUAUCUUCUAAUGAUAUUCAAGGACAUAUUCCAUCAAACAUUUGGAAUCUAAGGAAUCUGGUGAUCCUGAACCUGGCUAGUAACAGGCUUAGUGGUUCAAUUCCACCUUCUGUGGGUCAGUUGACUAAGUUGACCUAUUUAUUUCUUGAUACCAAUCUGAUUAGUGGUCCUAUCCCUCCAGAGUUAGGAAAGCUGAAGAAUCUGAUUCAAUUGGGUCUAAAUAAUAAUGGUUUUGUUGGUCCAAUACCUGCUGAGAUUGGUCUAUUGAACAAUUUGAAAUAUCUGUCUCUCAGUGUGAACAAUUUAAAUGGUACCAUACCUUUGGAAAUAGGAAAUUUGAACAAUCUUGCAUAUCUUGAUCUUAAUACUAACAAUCUCACUGGUGAAAUACUUUCAGUUUUACAUAAUCUAACCAAUUUGACUGAACUAAACUUGUCCAACAAUGAGAUUUCUGGUUUGGUGCCACGAGAGUUUACUCAAUUGACCCAACUCGAGUAUCUGAAAAUUUCAGAAAACAAAAUUUUUGGUGCAUUACCUCCUGAAAUUGGAAAACUGUCCAAACUCUUGGUUUUAGACCUGUCUAGAAACAUGUUGACUGGAGAAAUCCCAGUCAGUCUUUCUACAUGCACUAAACUGCAGGUGUUGACUUUGAGCCAUAACAAACUAACCGGAAGCAUUCCCUCUCAGAUUGGUGAUAUUGUUACACUUGCUUCAAUUGAUUUGAGUCAUAACUUAAUUAAGGGAGAAAUACCUUAUCAACUUGGGAAUGUGAAAUACAUUAGGGUCUUGGAUCUAAGUUGUAAUGAACUCACUGGAAAGAUUCCAAGUUCCCUAGUAUUGCUUCGUAGUGUAAACUUGUCCUACAAUUCUCUAGAGGGUGAGAUCCCAUUUGGUGUCCAAGAUUCUUAUGCUCCUGAUGCAUUCAUUUGCAAUGAGUGUUUAUCUAGCCGCAGCACCCCCUUUCCUACUUGUGACUCCUCUUCUUCCAAUAGAGUCAAGACCCUUAUGAAGAUUUUCCUUCCUCUCACUGCUUUUCUUGCUCUUCUAUGUAUCAUGUAUGUGUUCUUCCGCUGGUGUAAGGCUAAGAGUUCCAAGUCUGUGGCAAAAGCAAUGAAGAAUGGUGACCUGUUUUCAGUAUGGAACUAUGAUGGUAAAAUUGCUUAUAAUGACAUAAUUGAAGCAACGGAGGGUUUUGACAUCAAAUAUUGCAUAGGAACUGGUGGUUAUGGUGAUGUUUACAGAGCACAGCUACCUAGUGGUAGAGUAGUGGCCUUGAAGAAACUCCACAAUUUAGAAGCCAACGAACCAGAACUCCGCAGGAUUUUCAAGAAUGAAGUGAGAAUGUUGACAAAAGUAAGGCAUAGAAAUAUUGUGAAGCUUUAUGGAUUCUGCUUGCACAACAGAUGCAUGUUUCUGGUUUUGGAAUACAUGGAAAGGGGAAGCUUGUAUUAUGUUCUACACAAUCACAUUGAAGCUGUGGAUUUGGAUUGGAACAAGAGGAUUAACAUUGUGAAAGGAAUAGCAUAUAGCUUAUCAUACCUUCAUCAUGAUUGCAAGCCAGCAAUCAUUCACAGAGAUGUAACAACCAAAAAUGUUCUCUUGAAUUUAGAAAUGGAGGCUUGUCUCUCUGACUUUGGCAUAGCAAGACUUCGAAAUUCUAGUUCCUCCAAUCGAACAGUACUUGCUGGCACUUACGGAUAUCUUGCACCAGAGAAAUGUGAUGUCUACAGUUUUGGAGUGGUUGCUCUUGAAAUUAUCAUGGGAAGGCAUCCUGAAGAGAUUAUUUCUUCAUUAAGAUUUGCAUCCACUAGAAGUAUUCUCCUUAAAGAUAUAUUAGACCCCAGAUUAUUAUCCACCAACAAUCAACAAUAUGCUCAGAGUUUGGAUCGUAUAGCAACGCUAGCCUUUGCAUGUCUUCAUUCUCAGCCAAGGUCUAGACCAACAAUGCAAACAGUGUGUGACAAAUUUCUCACCGGAAAGCCCAGAUUAACAAAACCUUUUGAAGAAAUUUCAAUAAGGCAGAUGGUAAAUCAGGAAUUGUAACUAAUUUCUAGGAU